CUUUAAUACUCCUGUUCAUUCAUUUUAUCGGAAUCUAUCUUCAAACAAAUCCUUCUGUUCUCCUCUCAUUUCAUCUCACCUGCCCAUACUACCACCCCUUCCUCCGCUCCGUUCUACCCCCCACACCACACACCACACGCAACACGCAGCAAUGACAGUCAUCUGGGGCCUGGAUCUCAAGGAGAUCCAAUGGAACAAAUUCAAGAGUUCCAACAUGUUCACCCGCAUCUACCACCUCCGUCGCACCAAGAUGAUCGUCUACCAGCUGGCCAUGAUUCUGUGCGUGUGCUCCGAGUCCACCGGCACGGCCGCCUUAUCAGACUACGUCGACCAACAAAGCUACAUCGAGCGCCAUCACCCAGGCGUAUCAGUCUACAACAACGACUUCGUCGGGGCGGCCUCCUACAACAUCUUCGUCGGUGUCGCCGUCGCCACCAUCUUCGGCGCCGCCUUCUUCUUCGAUCUAUUCUGGCCCGAGCGCCACGAGAGCAAGUCCGUCCGUCUGGCGUGGAAGAUCUGCGGUGUGGUGGUGUCCAUCAUGAUGCUUAGCUCGGCGUUGACGAUGACGAUAAUCACGGCGACAAGGAGUGUCCAGGUCCAUGGCACGGAUGCCGCCGGCGCGAGAGAGUUCUGGUCCGAGUCGAAGAAAAAGCCUGCUUUCGUGUACCGCAAGAACCCCAAAGCCCUCGCCUCGGUGGUCCUCGCAUGGCCCGGCUGGGUAUUUACCGUCGUCAGUGCCAUUAUCCUAAUCGCCUCGCAAAACCACGACGACGUCCACGGCCCCAAGUCCAACUACGGACGCCAGAUGGAAGGAGGGGAGAAGAUCCCCGAGCCCGAGCCCGCCAAUGGCCUACAUAACCAGACUCUGCGGGAGUAAGCGAGCCAUAGACUGGUUUCGAUGAUGAUACAAAAGAGAUUCCCCACGAUAUUUGUUACGACUCUUUCAGGAAGCACAGGGAUGGUUUUGUUUUGCCAGGGAUAUCAGCGUUUGGAUUGUAUAGAUACGGCGUUCUAGGGAUCUUGUUUCAUCCUUGAUUUGGCUUUGGGAUCGUGAGGACCAGGGUCACGAUUUCGGCUUGGUUAACUUCGUUUCAGCUUGAUUGUACAGUACACUAUCGAUUAUCCCCUACCUGUAAUUAUAGAACCGACCACCACCACCACCACCUGGCGAAUACGAUUAAUGAAUUGAUU